CCAGAGACAACCCAACCCCUAAUACCCAUCUCAUACUCAUCAUCACCAUUCCCUCCCCAUGUCCAUGGCCAUUCCACCACCCCCACUGCUUCCACUGCUACACCUGGUAGCACUCGCAGCAAUGCUCUCCUUCUCGCUCCCCGCCGCCAUUGCCAUCGACCUCCGGAUCCUCCAUGCUUUCAAUCCCUUCUCCAGCCUCCACCACCCUGAUCCCUUCUCCCCCUCCUCCUUCGAGGCCACCCUCCUCUCCCUCACCUCCCACGACGAGUCCCGCCUCCUCGCCCUCGCCGCCACCACCACCUCCCAUGCGCGCCGCAAAAAGGCCGCGCCCGGCGCCCCGAUCGCCUCCGGUCGCCUCCUCCUCCAGACCCCCACCUACGUUGUCCGCGCCGGCGUCGGCACCCCUCCCCAGCCCCUCCUUCUCACUGUGGACACCAGCAACGACGCUGCAUGGAUCCCAUGCACCGCCUGCGCCGGCUGCCCCUCGUCCUCCCCCUCCUUCUCCCCCGCCAACUCCUCCACCUUCCAACCCCUCCCCUGCGGCACCCCCCUCUGCUCCCAAGUCCCCAACCCUUCCUGCCCCUCCGCCACCGACGGCGCCGCCGCCUGCUCCUUCAGCCUCACCUACGGAUCCUCCUCCCUCCAGGCCAGCCUCGUGCAAGACUCCCUCUCCCUCGCCGCCGACGUCAUCUCCGGUUACAACUUCGGCUGCCUCCAGACGGUCACCGGCGCGUCCCUCCCGCCGCAGGGCCUCCUCGGACUCGGCCGCGGCCCCGCCUCCCUCCCCUCCCAGACCCGCCCCCGCUACGCCGCCACCUUCUCCUACUGCCUCCCCAACUUCCGCUCCCUCAACUUCUCCGGCUCCCUCCGCCUCGGUCCCGCGGCCAAGCCCCGUCGCAUCCACUCGACCCCGCUUCUCGCCAACCCCCGCCGUCCCUCCCUCUACUACGUCAACAUGACCCGCAUCCGGGUCGGCGGUCGGCCGGUAAGAAUCCCGCCGGAGGCUUUCGCCUUCGACCCGUCCACCGGCGGCGGCACCAUCAUCGACUCGGGGACCAUGUUCACGAGGCUGGUGGCGCCGGCCUACGAGGCGGUGAGGGAUGAGUUCCGGCGAAGGAUUAAGGGAGGCGGGGCAGUGACGUUUCUUGGGGGCUUUGAUACGUGUUAUAGCGGAGCGGCGGUGAAGGUGCCGGCAGUGGAGCUGGAGUUCGAGGGGAUGAGAGUGCGGCUGCCGGAGGAGAACGUGGUUAUCCGGAGUAGCUCCGGGAGUACACUGUGCCUGGCGAUGGCGGCGUCGCCGGGGAAUGUGAACUCGGUGCUUAAUGUGGUGGCCAGCAUGGCGCAGCAGAACCACCGGGUGGUCUUCGACGGAGCCGGCGGCAGGCUCGGCAUCGCCCGGGAACGCUGCACUUGACGGUGACUACCCCGUUUGCUGGUCCAGGGGGUUCUUCCAAGUAUAAGGUGGGGAGAGCCUGGUUGCUUGCCCUGGCUCCUCUCUUCCAUCUCCUCCUAAGCCAAAAUAGUUUAGGUUAGGACUUGGGAGGGCUGCAUUUUCUUUUACUUUCUCUUCCAGCGAGCGCUUCUACCGAGCUUUUUGGGAACUUCAAGCAUGGGGCAUCGUGCAUGGUUUGGAUCCACUUGAGAGUAGCCGUAGUUUAAUGUUUCCAUCAAUGAAUGAUGUCCAUGGUAGAGUUGGUGUGCUUUUAUUUUAAUUUAAAUAUUUUUUAAGAUUUA